AUCUAACCACGCAAAUCAUAAACCCUCCCCCGACUGUUUCCGCCUCAUUCCCCUAUUUCUAAAACCCUACGCCCUUUCUCUCAAAAAAAAAAAAAAAAUACUGCCUCCUGCCCUCCCACCAGAAAAACAAAAGUCCGAAGAUGAUGAGCUUAAUCCUCAGGAGAUCAUCUUCUCAAGGCCCAAGAUUUGCUCCGGCCUCCUUGACAUCCCUUGAAACGCUUUUACACCAGUUCUCAUCCACGUCGACGUACUUUGUUGUGCCCAGAAAUGGCGUUCUCUAUGUGGAGAGUAGACCGAGAAGCUCCUUUGGAUUUAAUAAUAAUAACAAAUGGAGGAACUUUCAUGUGCAAUCAGGGCCCUUGAAUUUUAGGGCAUCACUGACGUCGCAGGCAGAGUUUGCAGUCGACGAUUAUGGCUACGAGGAGGAGAAGGGGUUUGGAGGAAAAGGGAAUAUGAGUAUGAAUAGUAGUGAGGAAGGGCUUGAGAUUGGAAAACUGAGUAUUUCUGAAGAGAUUGUUUCUGCUUUGUCCAAAAGAGGCAUUACCACACUCUUCCCCAUACAGAAAGCUGUGCUCGAACCAGCAAUGAAAGGGAGAGACUUGUUUGGACGGGCUAGAACAGGAACAGGAAAGACUCUUGCAUUUGGAAUUCCCAUCAUUGAUCGAAUCAUUCAGUUCAAUCAAAAGCAUGGACGGGGUAGGAACCCUUUGGCCCUGGUUAUGGCUCCGACAAGGGAACUUGCACGCCAAGUUGAGAAAGAGUUUCGUGAGUCAGCACCCAGCCUGGAUACCAUAUGUCUAUAUGGGGGUACACCUAUUGUGCGCCAAAUGAAGGAACUUGAUUAUGGUGUUGAUGUUGUUGUUGGCACACCUGGCCGCAUCAUUGAUCUGAUGAAGAGAGGUUCUCUAAACUUGUCAGAAGUUCAGUUUGUUGUUCUUGAUGAAGCUGAUCAAAUGCUUGGUGUGGGCUUUGUGGAUGAUAUUGAAACAAUCUUCCAGAGGUUGCCACAGAAUAGGCAGAGCAUGCUGUUCUCUGCAACAAUGCCAAGUUGGAUUAAAAACCUUAUCAGGAAUUAUCUCAAAGAUCCACUGACUAUUGAUCUUGUUGGAGAUUCUAGUACAAAGCUGGCUGAUGGAAUCUCACUUUAUUCAAUUGCCUCAGACACGUAUGAAAAAGCAUCAGUACUCGGUCCUCUGAUAACAGAACACGCAAAAGGAGGAAAGUGUAUUGUUUUUACUGAAACAAAACGUGAAGCUGAUCGAUUAGCAUAUGCUAUGGCAAGAAACUUUCGAUGUGAGGCUUUGCAUGGGGAUAUCUCACAAAGUCAGAGGGAGAGGACACUUUCAGGCUUCCGAAAUGGGAAUUUCAAUAUAUUGGUUGCCACUGAUGUUGCUGCCCGUGGCCUUGAUGUUCCUAACGUUGAUCUGGUAAUACAUUAUGCAUUGCCAAACUGUUCAGAGACUUUUGUUCAUCGAUCUGGCCGUACUGGUCGUGCUGGGAAGAAAGGAACUGCCAUUCUUAUUUACACACAGGAUCAAAGUAGGCAAGUCAGGAUCUAUGAGCGGGAAAUAGGGUGCAGAUUUACAGAGCUUCCUAGGAUUACAGUUGAGGGUGGAAGCAUGGGCAUCAUGAAUGAUAUUGGUUAUGGCGUUCGAUUUGGAGGAGUGAGAGAUCGUCGAUUUGGUGAUACAGGUUUUAGUCGAGCUGGUGGUCAUGGGGAUUAUGGAUCUUUUGGUGGAGCGAGAGAUCGUCGAUUUGGUGAAACACGCUUUAGUCGAGCUGGUGGUCAUGGGGAUUAUGGAUCUAAUCGUUACAGGAAUCCAGGAUUUGGCCAUUCUGAUGGGCGUGGUCAACUUUCUCGUCAAAUGAAUGGAGCUGGUUCCUUUGGUUAUAACCGAAAACAACCAGGAAAUUUUAUUAGUCCUGGCUUUGGUUUUGGUGAACCUAGUCGAUCAGAUGGUUCUAGUGCUUUUGGGGACUGGGGUUCUGGUCGUUCCAGUGGAUUUGGUGAUAGUAAUUCAAGCCGAGCCAGUGAUGUUUUGAAUGAGACUCGCACUAGUCGGUUUGGGGGCUUUGGGGAUGUCAAGAAUGAUAAUUCGAACAAUGGGAGAAAAUAAAUCUGACUAAAUAAGUGACAUUGACAUGCCUUGCAAUGACAGCUGAAAUGGCCGGAAAUGGACAGAGUCGGAUACAAGUAGUAUGUUUAUGACGAAUUGAUAACGUUUCUGGAUAUUUAAUAUUAAAGUCUUUUGAUGUUCUGUUACAUUAGUGUUUUUAUUAUCGUUAUAUGAAGGAAAAUUAAUAUUAUUAGUCAGAUAUUGAGAUGAGUGUUUUGAAAUGUAAUCUAUUUAUUUAGUUCAACCUCUGCAGCCGUAUCUAAAUAUGAUACCCUACGUGUUCAAUAUAUAUAUUGUUUUUGGAGGCCA